CGGAAGAAUGGGACGAUGGACAAGUUGAGGACAACAACGUUUAAGGUUAUAGUACAGAAUGAGAACCAAAUCGAAGUUUCAUUUACGAGGAUUUGGGAUACUUCUCUUAAAGGCAAAGUCAUGCCUGUUAAUGUAGAUAAAAGGUACAUUAUGCUGAAAGAUUCUUCUGGUUUCUAUACAUACGCUAUUUUUGAUCGUCUGAAAGGUUGGCCCGAGCUUAGCAUUGGAGAAGCCAGGAUUGCUUUCAAACUCAGCGAAGAAAAGUUUCACCACAUGACCAUAACAGAUGCAAGGCAAAGAGAGAUGCCUACGUACCAAGAUCGUCAGAAAGGUCAACCUUUAGCCUAUCCAGAAGCAGUUCUGUUAACAGAUCCAGUCAAUCCAGCACAGAAAGGAGAGGUAGAUGAUAAGUACCAGUAUUCAACUGAGAACAAAGAUACUGGGGUACACGGAUGGAUUAGUGUGAAUCCUCCCAUUGGAUUAUGGAUGAUUGCAGCCAGUAAUGAGUUCCGCGCUGGUGGCCCUAACAAACAAGACCUCACCUCCCAUACAGGCCCGAUAAGUCUUGCUAUGUUUAUUAGUAGUCAUUACAGUGGAGAAGAUCUAGCACCAAAAUUUGAAAACGGAGAACCGUGGAACAAGGUUUUUGGCCCGGUGUUUGUGUAUGUUAACUCAGCUCCUGAAGCAAAAAAAGAUGUCUUCACAACACUUUGGGAGGAUGCAAAAGUUCAGUUGGCGAAGGAGAUCAAAAGUUGGCCUUACAGUUUCCCUGCUUCAGAUGACUUUCCUGCCUCGGAUCAACGGGGUACUGUUACAGGAAGCUUGUUAGUCCGGGAUAGGUACGUCAACAAGCGUGACAUUGCUGGAAAAUCUGCGUAUGUUGGUUUGGCUCCCCCAGGAGACGUUGGGUCUUGGCAAAGAGAAUGCAAGGGUUAUCAGUUUUGGACUACAGCCAACGCUGAUGGAUCUUUUUCGAUCCAAAAUGUACGUGCCGGAGAAUAUAAUCUUUUUGCAUGGGUUCCUGGUUUUAUUGGAGAUUUUAAGCACAGCACUAUGAUCAAGAUAUCCCCAGGAUCUAAACAAAAUUUGGGUAAGCUUGUAUACGAACCUCCAAGAGCUGGUCCUACAGUGUGGGAGAUAGGCUUUCCCGAUAGAUCUGCAGCUGAAUUUCGUGUACCUGAACCAAAUAAAAAAUUCAUGAACAAACUGUACGCUAAUCGUGAAGACUGGUUCCGGCAGUAUGGAACAUGGGAGCGAUACUCAGAAAUGUAUCCAACUAGAGAUCUCGUCUAUACGGUUGGUGUUAGCCAGUACCAGAGAGAUUGGUUCUAUGCGCACGUCCCAAGGAAACUGGGUAACAAAAGUGUACCAACAACAUGGAGCAUUGUAUUCGAAAUCAAAAAAAUACUACCUUCUGGAACUUAUAAACUUCGAUUAGCACUUGCAUCUGCUACUUACGCUGAAUUGCAGGUUCGUGUCAAUGACCAAAAAGCAGCAAAGCCUCUCUUCACAACUGGUAGAAUAGGAAAAGACAAUGCAAUUGCAAGACAUGGAAUUCACGGGUUGUACUGGUUAUAUACAGUCGACGUUCCAGGAAUUCUACUUCGUCCAGGCCAGAAUACAAUAUUUCUAACACAAACAAGAACUUCAAGCGCAUUUUACGGCUUCAUGUAUGAUUAUAUUCGGUUGGAAGGACCUCCAAGCAAUGUUGCGUAG